AUGUGGUCUUCUUUGCUGAUCCCCACUUUUCUCUUCCUGAGCUUCUCUUCUGUGGGAUUGGCCCCAGAUCCAGGGUCAACCACCCAUGAAAAUGACAACUACCCACCUUUUUGGGACCAAACUGAUGGAGACAUAGCAGAAUUUCCAGUGCAGAAUAACAAGAUAAUUGUUGAUCCCUGGAAAUAUAUGGAUCGACUAAGAAUAUAUAAGAUCCUUAUAACAGAAUCAAACAAAUAUUUUGCUUCAUUUGGAAAAAACGAUACAGGCAAUGUGCUUUGGGCAUUGACUUUAUUUUAUGGAAGGCUAUUUAAAACAGAUAGAUUUUCAGAGCCUCCCAAUAGUUCACGGUGUGCUUAUGAGUCUGGAGUCUCUAGCUGCAUAUCUAUCAACAGUGGCUGGGGAGGCAUUAACUACUAUGUGGUUAUUAUGUAUUUCCUUGCUGCAAUUGAAUCUGAGUUUUUGGGGAAUUUGCCAUAUGAGGUAGAGUUACUAUCUCGAGAGGAGUACAGAUCUAACUUCUGUUAUUCAGUUGAGGAAUGUCGUGCAGCCUAUCCACAAGCUAUGGAUAUAGCCAACAGGUUUUAUAAGUAUCUACAAUCCAGAAAGAUAGUUUCCACUACCAGUGGUAUUCCUCAGUAUGACACAGAUGAGGACACAGCGAUCUUUAAGAUGUGGGCGGCCCAUCAAGCUGCCAUUGAUGUGGCAAAACCGAAGUUCAGGGAUGUCUCAUUCUAUUCUUCUGAAACUGAACGAGACUUCACCAUGGACUUCCUACUGACCAUAGAAUUAGUUGAGGCAGUGUUAUAUCGCCCAUACUUUGAAAGUUCAGCAGAAUUGCUAGUGGUAUUCCCACACAGACUACUCACGGAUCAGGAUCGCAAUGUUCUCACGAGUAACUUCAGCAGACGGGAAAAAGCACUGAUGACUUUAGCAAAACUCAUUACAAAAAUAAAUAAAAGCACAGGAGGUUUAUUAUUAACAAUUUGGAAGAAGCUCAUGACUUCAAAAUUUGCUCGGGCUAUGGGACGUUUCUUCAUUAAAAGGCUACUCUUAAUAUCAAUUGAGUAG